AUGGAGUCAUCACUUAUAUAUAUUACAAUUUUACUUUUGAGUAUGUUUGAAUUUUCAUCAGGAAUAGUAUAUAAUAGAGGUAAGUAUCAGUUCCACUUCACUUGUUAUAAUGAAGGGACCACGACCAACAUUCGGAUAAUCAAGUUGUUCCUUUCCCAUGACAAUUUGAAAAUCCACUGUUUCUUCCAAAGUGACAGCGAAGAGGAUUCAAAGGCAGUUUUGGGUGCUUUUACAACAGGAGGCACUGCUCCCAGCAUACUAAUAAUGAACAGUACAUACAAUAGUGUCUUCCACUUUAAUUUAUCGCUGUUCAACAAUCGGUUGUUGUGGAAGAUUGACAUUCCUAGAGAAAACAUCACCGUAAACACAGACAUUGCAGCUGUAGAAGAAUGGGUUAUAAGGCUCACAAUGCAUGAAAAAGUAAACAUUUAUAAUACUGAAGGUACCCUAUUGGAUCUUGUCCGAGAGCCUAUUCUUCAGUGGCGUCUUGGACCCAUAUUGAGUAAAACGAAGCUCAUGCUAUUGCUUCCAUAUGUGAUUGAUAUCAAAGUUACAAAGUGCCCCUGUGCCAAUGAUGUGGCAUUACUUGCCUUUGUUUUUAAUUCAACACACAGCGGUGUUUACAUAGGCAAAACCAUUUAUGGAUUUUGGAGAGAUAGCGAAACCGAAUGGUAUGACCUGACACAAGCUGUCUAUGCAGAACUUAAAGACGACCACAAAGGGCUUACAGUGAUAGAUAUGGUUAUAACAAAUCACUUUUUAGUCAUUCUCACCUCUUUGGGUCUUUUUGUAAGUCCUGAUCUUCGUUACCCAACCACUUCAUACAUACAGCUUUCAAGAGCACCAUUUUGUGGAUUUGAAAGGGUUGACUACAUCAAAGGAAAACUGUGGUACAGUGAAAAAUGUUUUGCAAACAGAGAAAGUUUUGAAGUUGAUUACGUUACUAUCACUUUUGACAGAAACAGGACCCUCAGUGAGUCCAGUUCUUGUUUUUACAGUAAAGAACCAUUUCGUGAGUGGUUGCCUUGCUUAUCUGCUUCUUAUAGAAGUACAAGAUUUCUUCCACAUGUGGUAUCAUUUCUUAUUGACCAAGAGACUUAUUCUGGAAUUUACUUCUUUCAUCAUCAGGGCUCCAAGCGCACCUCUGUGUCUGUGUCAAUGCUCAAAAACGGAAAGCCAAACCCUCAAACAAAAUUUCCAGCUUUCAAAUUUCCUAGCUCAUUCAAUCGCCCAGUUGGAAUGGUUUUCCAUCCCCGGAGCCACUUCCUGUACGUUUAUGGCAAUGAAGCGUGGAUUUCAUCGGAUGGUGGCAAUUCUUUCGAUUUGCUGAGUAACUUUCACACUGACAUUAUAUUGCGCACUGCACAUAGCUUUUAUACAUCACAUAUUUCUUUUAUUUCACAAAUUGGAAAUAUUUACAACACAAAGGCAGGAUUAAAAAGAUACACCAGACUUGGAAAAAUCCACGAUAAGAUUUUCACGCUGUAUUAUGAUCAGAUGGGAUACAUACACAAGCUGACUCCAGAUCGCUUUAACACUGAUACAUCACAUCCAGACUAUGGAACACUUAAAAGUUUUUUUGGAGCGGGUUCCACUACAGUAUCAGUGGUUGUAUGGGAUGCGUCAGCUGAGUGCUUUGUUACUACGCUGGUGCCAACCCUCAAGAGCAGCUGCAGUUACCUCAGGACUCUGCACCACGUUCCUGGCAGAUACAUACCACCUGCAGCCUGGAUUAGUGGCGUUCAGAAGGACAGUCGGGGUUUCAAUAUGAUCAAAACUCUGCCGGUAAACUACAGACCUCCAUCCAAUAUGGGAAUCUCUAUUCCGCUCACAGAUAAUUUUUAUCAUGCAGACCCUAGCAAACCCAUACCAAGAAAUCUAUUUUACAAGUCAAAGGAAACAGGCAAAUACAAACAGUGUGCUAACGCUACCAGUCGGGAAAUGUGCAACUGCACAGAACAUCAAAAGUUUUCACAUGCUGUCGCUUUCUCAGAUUGCAAAGAAAAGGUCCACCGUUUCAGGUUUCCAGUUACACGAUACCCAGUUGUUUUGGAGAUUUAUAACGAACAAAAGCAAAAAUUCCCUGUGAAACCUCCAUAUCUGGUUACCGUGACUGAAGUCAACAUGAGGAAAAACUGGGAACUAAAGCACGCGGAGCCAGAAAGCGUUAAGAAAAUGAAGAAUUACUUAGAGCCACUUCUUAAGACUCCGGUGUAUAAUCCUUUUGGUCUCAACCUAAGUAUAAAGGGCUCUGAGCUGUUUCACUUCAAGGUGUCUAUGGUUCCUGGACUCAGCUUUUGUAACUUAGAGGAAGAAUUCCAGAUUUAUGUCGACGAAGUACCGUUGCCUUUUCCAGGACACGCACUAAUUGCUAUUGCAACAUCUGUAGUGCUAGGGGGAUUAAUUUUUGUAUCAUUUUUAUUCCAAAUGCAUAACAUCCACCCAUUGAGAGCAUUCCAGAGACAUAGAAGACGACACACAACAAACCCAUCGGAUACAAGCGUCAACUCAUAAACGAAAGUCUGGAUAGUGAGCAAAUGAUAAUCAUCAAUUAUC